AUGAGCAACCACUCCGGAACGAUUCAUACGGUUCGGUUUUCGCCCAACGGGAAGUACCUCGCAUCAGGGGCAGAUGAUAAGAUUGUUUGUAUUUACACGCUGGAUGCGAAUCCUCCGUCGCAUGCUACAACAUUUGGGUCGAAUGAGGCACCUCCUGUGGAAAACUGGCGCACGGUCCGGAGACUGAUAGGCCACGACAAUGACGUUCAGGACUUGGGCUGGUCCUACGACUCUUCUAUCCUGGUGUCCGUCGGCUUGGAUUCUAAAGUGGUAGUGUGGUCAGGGCAUACGUUUGAGAAGCUGAAGACGAUUUCUAUACACCAGAGUCAUGUCAAAGGGAUCACUUUCGACCCAGCUAAUAAAUACUUUGCUACGGCAAGCGAUGAUCGUACCGUCCGAAUUUUCCGUUUUACCUCCCCUGCUCCGAACUCGACCGCUCAUGACCAGAUGAACAAUUUCAUCCUUGAACAGACCAUCUCUGCGCCGUUUGCCAACUCCCCUCUAACUGCUUAUUUCCGUCGAUGUUCAUGGUCGCCAGAUGGGAUGCACAUCGCCGCUGCAAACGCCGUCAACGGACCGGUCAGUUCCGUCGCGAUAAUCAACCGUGGGUCCUGGGAUGGGGACAUAAACCUGAUCGGACACGAAGCUCCUGUGGAAGUGUGUGCCUUUUCCCCGCGACUGUACGCCAGCCAGCCGGUCGACAAACAAGCGAUGGAUAACCAGCAGGGUGCACAAAACCUAGUGACCGUCAUUGCUUGUGCUGGAGGAGAUAAAUCCUUAAGCAUCUGGAUCACCAGUAACCCCAGGCCGAUCGUGGUUGCUCAGGAGCUUGCCGCCAAGUCUUUGUCUGAUCUGGCUUGGAGCCCCGACGGAAAAUGUCUUUACGCAACGGCAUUGGAUGGUACAAUACUUGCAGUCCGGUUCGAGGACGGUGAUUUGGGAUACGCAACUGCUAUGGAGGAGAACGAGAAGUCGCUUACCAAAUUUGGUACCAACAGAAGGGGCGCCGGUAUCACAGAGACUCCGGAUGGUUUGCUACUUGAGGAGAAGAGCAAGGCUGGCGAGAUCAAGGAUGUUGAAGGGCGAAUGGGGGCCUUGAUGGGCGAUGACCAGGCCGAUAACAUAACCAACGGAAAGCCCGCACCUCUACCGUCUAAUGCCCCAACCCCUGCACGACCAUCAUCUCCGACCCCAGACACACAGAAGAACCAGCCAAACGGGACCGCAACGCCAUCGGCCCCAGAGCCGGAGAAGCCGGAUCCGUAUCAAGCCAAGCUUGAAAGACUGAAGCAACGUCCUACAUACACCAAGGACGGCAAGAAGCGGAUUGCUCCUCUUUUGGUGUCCGGUGCAGGUGCAGCUGAGUCCUCCCUGCCUCAAGCCCGUUUGAUGGCCUCGGUUAGCAGCCAAGUGAAGGCCGAUACCCCUCAGUCUAUUGUCGAUCUCUCUAAGCCCUUCGAUGGUUUACCUAAGGGGGGGCUUGCCACCCUGCUCUUUGGGAAUAAGCGCAAGCUCGCGCAGCUGGAGGAGGACGAUGAUGGGCAUGUAGAAAAGCGCGUCGCCUUGGCAAGUCAGAAUGGUGCUACUCCUCUUCUUACGAACACCCCAGAAGGCCUUCUCCCUGCACGACCACAGCCCGCUGCCACCGGCCAACAACCGACGCCAGAGUUUAUUCGACCUGCGGUGACGAAUCCUUGUAUGGCCAUGAGCCAGCCGACUGAACCACCAAGUGCGUCGGGAGAGUCUAACAAGUCCCGCGUUGACGUUGUCUUUGAAGUUCGCAACCCGUCACCCGCUAGCUUGACCGGCCGCGCAGCAGAUCGGGAGCCGGUGCGGCUCACACUUUUCCGAGGUGAGCAGCCCCUGUGGCAGGAUUACCUUCCACGGACAGUCCUCCUCGUGACCGGCAACCAGAGCAUGUGGGCCGCGGCCUGCGAAGACGGAUCAGUCUACAUCUGGACCCCAGCCGGUCGUCGUCUUGUCAGUGCGCUCGUGCUCGAGGCACAGCCGGUAAUCUUGGAAUGCAAUGGGCCAUGGAUCCUCUGCAUAUCAGCCGUUGGGAUGUGCUAUGUUUGGAAUGUCAAGCACCUCUCCUCGCCUCAUCCGCCUAUUUCCCUCCAGCCGGCAUUGGAUGCGGCAAUCCACACGCUGGGCGCACAUCCCUCAGCCGCGCCGGCAAUCACGAAUGCACGGAUCAAUUCUGAAGGCCGAAUAGUGGUCGCCAUGUCAAAUGGAGAGGCGGAUUUCCGAGCCUGGUGGGCUGUCGGCAGUCAGUACUGGAACACUACCGAAGCGCCGGUGGGCAACCUCCAGACCGCAGAUGCGCAAAAAGACAAGGACGCAAAGGCUGCUGUGUCAGCGGGAAUCAUCCCAUUCUUGGAACGCAACACAACUAGCGAGACGCUACUCCGCGGACGGGCAUACUUCCUCCAGCGGUUGAUCAAGGUUCUUCUCUCCCGUGAAGGUUAUGAGAGUUUUGAAUCGAGCGUAUCCAUUGCCCAUCUGGAGAACCGACUUGCCGCAGCAUUGUCCCUCGGGGCCAAGGAGGAGUUCCGGCUGUACCUCUCGAUGUACGCCAAGCGGAUUGGCGCAGAGGGUCUCAAGAUGAAGGUCGAGGAAUUGCUGAAGGGCUUAAUUGGUGGGUUAUUUGAAGAAGACGAGACCCGCACGGCCCAGCGCCUACAGGAAAACGAACAAGAAGACCGCAACUGGCGAGAAAGUUCAGAGACCCUCUGUGGCUGGCCGCGAGAGGUUUUAUUGAAGGAGGUCAUUCUGGCACUGGGCAAACACCGGGAUCUCCAGCGGGUAACGGUACCAUAUGCCAAGCUCCUGGGAGUUGUAGAUGACGAGUCGGACACGGGCGAUGCCAUGGAAACAUGA